AUGAGCGAAUCCGAGAGGAACCAACAGCAACAGGACGUGCCCGCUUCUUCGGUGAUAGCAAAGGCGGGCACACGCAAGAAGAUCCGACCCACUUACUCAUGCUUGAAUUGCCACAAACGCAAAGUUAAGUGUGACAGGGUGAAGCCCUGUGGGGCCUGUUGUCUGCGAGGAACUCCGUCCGAAUGUGAAUAUGGCACUAGCAAACGAGACCGUCACUAUAUCCAGCAGUCGGCCUUGAUAGAGAAUCUCAUGCAAACAUGCGAAGACCUCAAGACGCAGCUAGCGGAAGCUCGUGCCUUGGCCAAUCUUCCACCCCUUAAGGAAGAGGACGCAGCAUCAGUUUCAUCGCCCAGCAGCCAUUCCUUGGCCCGGUCGGAAAAGACAACGUUUUAUGAGGAAGACGACCGGGGAGAAGUCGUGGGUCCGCACAUAACACCGAGCAUCAAACAACCGUCUAGUUUAUUGAAGGAAUUACCUUCGAAAGAGAGUGAAGAGUUGUCUUCCUGGAAAGCAUAUGCCUUAUCUGGAGAGGGUAGGCCUGACCGUGUAGCAGAUCAAAUGUCGCGAUCUCCAUCUCAUGAUAAGAAGGUACUGACAGAUCCAGCGCUUGCCAAUUCACUCAUAGAACUCUUUGUUGAACGUCUCAUCGACAACUUCAGCCCACAGCCAGCCGAGGUGUAUGGCGGUACCAUAGCUUUACGGGAGGCGUCUGGAAUGCGAGUUUUCUCCCCGUUAUUGUGCAGUGCUUUUGAAGCUGCAUGUCUGACGUUCGCGGGCCGACGUCAUCAAAUCCGAGAAGUCGAGACCGUGGGCCACGCACGAUAUGUUCGUGUCCUUCGAUUGCUCCAGACCGCUUUGAAUGACCCCAAACAAAGCAAGUCGACAGAGGUGCUGGUAGUUGUGUUGCUAUUCACCAUCAUCGAGGUAAUCCCAGUCCUACCAUCCUACGCUUUUCAGGCUGCUGAACGUUAUCAGGCAUUCAAACAAAGUUCCAAAGACUCGCUUUUGAAUCAUCAACUAGGCGGACUGCAACUGCUACAGUCACGGACACCGUAUCGACACCGCUAUGGAAUUGAACGGUCUCUUUAUGUCGAUCUUCGACUCUACUGGGUGACUGCGGCGCUAGUCAAGCGGAAACCCACCUUCCUAGCGAGUAAGGAGUGGCUUACGGUCCCAUGGCCGGGAGACGCUCCAUCAAAGGACAUUCAGCAUCGACUCUUGGACAUUGCUGUGGACAUCCCAGCUUAUUUGGCCCAGGUUGAUGAGUUCGCCGACGCGCUCAAGUCCGGCACAACAUCUUCCUCCGAGCUGGUAUCAAUACAAUCGUCCAUUUGGGAGCGGGCAGCAGAGCUUCACUCCCGUUUGCGGUUAUGGAAAAGCAUGUUCGCAGACACAGAUCCCCAUGGACAGCCAUGGGAAGAGUCCAACACCAAUAGCGAGAGUGACUUCCCAAUCUUCCGGUGUCGAAACCCCACGACCAUGGAAGUGGUGACGGCCCAGUUGCUCAUGUAUCCCAACGCCAUGGCAGCCACCUGCAUGACAUAUUACUGGGCGCUGGAUCUCAUCAUAUCUACCCCCGAUAGCGGGCUGGCGAGCAUGCUCAGUCCGCAGGAACGAUACCAGCGCGCGUGCAACAUCUGCCGCAGCAUGAAGUACUAUUGUGAGAGCGUUCCGGGAUACCUGGUCUCACGCAUCAUGUUCGUCCUACGGACGGCAUUUGACGCAUUUUCCGAUGGCAUGAUUGAAAAGCAAUUUGCUGCAGAUGUAUUUCGGUACAUUGGCGACAAAUUCCAGUUCGCAGUCUUUUCAAACCAUUGCGCUUCUUCGUCUGUCAAGAGCUAG